AUGCUACGACGAGGGUUUGCUGCCAUGAAGCAGGGCUCGACCACGACCCUCUUCACGGGCUGUGGCACGUUGUACUUCCAACAAAAUGGUGUGUAUGAGCCAAUAGGCGGCACUGAGAGCGUGGGUCAGUACACGAUAUCCAUUGAGGCCGAUGAAGCAGAGACUCCUUCUCGUUGCUACGAGAUUAUUUUGUACGAGUACGAUGAGGAGGUACUGCGACAGCCCAUCGGCAACGGUCUCACCCUCGCAUACUCAGAGGUCUCCGUGCACUGGUCCGCUUUCAUCGACGGUAAUUUGCAGUCCAUUGCGUUUCUCUUUACGGACGACGAUCCCAAAGUGAAGGCGACUGAGCUGCUGGGCAAAUUUAUUCUGAUUUACAACCGUUGCACCUACGCCCUCAUGACGGGCACCUCCGUGGACAGCACCGUCCCAGACAAUGAGGACUACGAGUAUCUCUCCGCCAUUGCGACCUCGCGGUUGCCUGGGGACGCGUACGAGGAGCCUAUGUAUGAGUUGGACGUGUCACAUGAAUGCGCACACGCCACAGGCAGGGGCAAUGUGUGCUGCACAGAAUCCAAGCGGUUUGACCGGGCACUGGUGAUGCGCAAAGAGCGAAAUGGGAUUGAGUUUCAGGCGCAUGCUUUUGCUGUAGAUGGCUUUGACAGGAAAGCUCCGGAAAAGUUCACGCUGGAUACGGUUUCCAUGUGUGACAGUGCGUUGCUGGACGACACGGAGAGAAAGAUGCUGCUUCUCAGCGUGGAUGAGAAGCGGCUGCAUGAGGUGGACAUGGAAUACGGCAAGGUGGUAAAAGAAUAUGAGCUGCCUGUCUCUGUGCGCUCGGUGACGCACAGCGCCCACGUGGCUGGGCCGCAGCCCGUCUACACAUGCCUUGCGAACAACGUCGCCUUCAACAUGGACUUGCGCAUGGACCCGCGGAAUAACAUUGUGACAGAGGCCGGGAAGACGCUGUUGGAUUACAAACUGUCGGUAAAAAAACCAUUCACUUGUCAUGCAACUUCGGCCGCAGGCCACCUUGUCAUUGGCGACACUGCAGGAGCCAUUCGCCUGUACUCUGGACCUCCUGGGAGCCGCCGGCCGGAUGGCAAGUACAACCCAAAGACAGCAAAGACGCUAUUGGACACGAAAGUGCCUAUUGUCUCCGUGGACGUGACAGCAGACGGCAGUUACGUCUUGGCUGUAUGUUCCAAGUACCUGCUACUUAUGCGGACGGUAUACAUGGAUGAGGACAGUUCCAAGAAAAAUGGAUUCAUGUCGCGAAUGGGCAAAAACAAACCCACACCGCUGCGACUUCAGCCAACCCCUCAGCAGCUAGACGCGGUUGGGGGAAUUGACGAUCUGAAUUUUACUUCUGGCGGGUUUGACCGGUUUGAGGACGGUCGUGAGACCUGCAUCACAGCCUGCAGCCAUGAAUAUGUCUUUACCUGGAGCUUUGAGGCGGCGAAGCGGGCUAUGGAGGACGGGCGCGCGUGCGUCGGAGAGACCGCGAUGGUCAAACGCGAGGUCCUUGCCGUUUCCGCGACGGUGCCGGAGAGAGUAAUGUACAUGACGGAUCAGGACAUCCGCACGGCACCACUGAGGCGGCAGGAGCGGGUGGAAAAAGGCACAAAACAAUACAGAUACCUGUGA